ACGCGUCGUCGUCGUCGUCCGUCUUCAACUUCUCAACCAUCGCCGCCAUAAGCAGAGUUUCACAUAUAAACGAAAAAACCCCUUCGAGGAACCAAUCAGAAAUCACAAGUCGACGAUAUGGAGAACGGAGAUAUUCCAGAGAACGCCAACGAGGAUUGCCCAGGUCCUCAAUCAGAAACUGCUGGAAAGUCAGAUUCUUGUGCAGGUUGCCCUAAUCAGGAAGCUUGUGCCACUGCUCCUAAAGGACCUGACCCAGAUUUGGUUGCCAUUGCGGAGAGAAUGAGCACUGUUAAGCACAAGAUUCUGGUUUUGUCUGGCAAAGGUGGAGUUGGUAAGAGUACUUUCUCAGCUCAGCUUUCGUUUGCUCUGGCGGGCAUGGAUCAUCAAGUAGGUUUGAUGGACAUUGAUAUAUGCGGUCCAAGCAUCCCAAAAAUGUUAGGUCUUGAAGGGCAAGAGAUUCACCAGAGUAACCUUGGAUGGUCUCCGGUUUAUGUGGAAGAUAACCUUGGUGUCAUGUCCAUAGGUUUCAUGCUCCCUAACUCUGAUGACGCGGUGAUCUGGAGAGGUCCACGCAAGAAUGGUCUCAUCAAACAGUUCUUGAAAGACGUCUACUGGGGAGAGAUUGAUUACCUUGUGGUUGAUGCCCCACCAGGAACCUCAGAUGAACACAUCUCGAUCGUCCAGUACCUUCUACCCACGGGGAUCGAUGGUGCCAUCAUUGUCACGACACCGCAGGAAGUCUCCUUGAUUGAUGUGAGAAAAGAAGUGAGCUUUUGCAAGAAAGUUGGAGUCCCCGUGCUAGGAGUAGUAGAGAACAUGAGUGGGUUAUCUCAACCGUUGAAGGAUGUCAAGUUCAUGAAGCUGGCGACAGAGACUGGCUCCUCCAUUAACGUGACCGAAGACGUAAUCUCUUGCUUAAGAGAAAACGCACCAGAGCUUCUUGACAUCGUGGCUUGCAGCGAAGUGUUUGACAGCAGUGGAGGCGGUGCAGAGAGAAUGUGUCGGGAAAUGGGAGUACCGUUUCUUGGGAAAGUUCCUUUGGAUCCACAGCUUUGCAAAGCAGCUGAACAAGGUAAGUCAUGCUUUGAGGAUAACAAGUGUUUAAUCAGCGCACCUGCGCUUAAAAGCAUCAUACAGAAAGUCGUUCCUUCAACAGUGAUGACCGAGUGAAGAAGAAGAAGAAGAAACUUAUGUAACACUUUGGUCAGAUAUGUGAACAGACGAUGAAUUUUCACAUAAAGGAGAGCUUUAUCUUUCGUUUCUCGGGGGUGUGGUUAAGUUAUAGGCUGUUUGUGUAAGUUAUAGGCAAUGUUUCACAUGUCGAAUAAGAUUUUUAUAAUGAG